GACGUAGCGAGUCGCGCCGCGGAUAUAUCGGACGGAAAGCGAACGGACCGACUGGGAGCCGGAACUGCGCGAGGAAUAAAACUCACGCAUCGCACCCACCCUCCCUUACACCAGGUCUUCCCUAAGCGUCAAGGCUUUUCUUUGGACUCUCGAUGAUAUCUUCUGGCGCGUCGCAGGGCCGAGCCCUCGCCGUCAUCCUCCCGUCGUUGACGCUUGCAACGCAUGCCUUGUCCUUGCUCGCCCUCGAAUUUGACCUCCUGCCCAUCGCUGCCGUAUCGCAUAAUUUCUGUGGCUGGUUGUUUGACCUUGCGGGCAUCGCCGUAAGUGCGAUGGGGUUGAUAGGCGCUGUAGAUAGAAGGCCCGCCCUGGUAUCAGCAUUUACCCUCGUGUACGCGUCCGCCUUGAGCGUCAUGACACUCAUACUGCUCUACAACCUUUUGCCGUCCGAAAUAGUAUCUGCGGUCCCGAUAUCGCUACGCUGGAGGUACGAUGAGAAUUUUGAGAAGAGAUUCUGUCGCGAGAUAGACGACUUCGGGUGGGACGCGCAGUGGCUCGAACAGUGUAGAUCAAGCUUCAGAAUAAUACGGAUCGUUCUGGUGUGGUCCGGGUUACUGUUGGUCGCGGCACAGUGGUGGGCUGUUUUUGGUGUUUGGAAGUGGGCGAGAGUGUUGAAAAUGGAACAGCGAGAUAGAUGGCAUGGAGAAACCGAUGUAGAAAGAGCCGAGCACGGAGAGGAGAAACGGGAAUUAAAAAUAAAUUAAAAGUUGAAAUACAAAGAAGUCAAAACUUUCAAGAGAGAAUACAUUUUCCGAGCAUCUCCAAUAGACCUGGGCUUAUCAAGGCAUGGAGCAAAGGAGAGUAAGUUCCU